AUGUCUCUUGCUGAACAGCGGAAACAGGCUGUUUUACGAAAUUUGGAGAGAUUGAGAGAGAUGGGAGCUCUCACAGAGGCUCAAGAGAAGGAAAUGCGCAAAAAGUAUAACAUUAAAAACAAGACCACUCUAAAAAAUGAGCAGCGAGCCUUGGACAGUUUUUUGAUGGCUGAAGAAAAGCGUCUUGAGGAAAAACGGCGUCAGAAGGCGUGGUCUCGCUCACGACCACUCUUUUCAAGGCCUCUUAGCGAUAGUGAUGACAGUGAUUUUGCUAGUAGUGAUGAUGAGUGGUGCCCAGGCACUUCUCCACCACCCUUAGAAUCCAACCGAUCAAAGCGACGAUCAAAAUUGAAAAAAAAUGUGAAAAAAAUUGCUUCGGAGGAACCGCAUAAAGUAGUUACAGAAACAGUGAAAGAAACAACUCUAAAAAUAAAUAAACCUCAAUUUUCAAAGCCUGAAAGUACUGGAGGUUUGAUGGAGCUGCAGGAAGUGAAAAACUAUCAAACGAGAAAUAUCACUCGGAAAAAUUACAAAGAGCCCCCUGCAGAUCCCCAAGAUGACCGCUUUCUUUUUUGCUAUGAGUGCAAAAAUAUGUACAUCGAUCCUUGUCCUACUCACCCAAUUCUGUGGAUAAAAUCAGUAAAGCCAUUAUUAUGUGAUGCGGUGAAAACAGGCAAACCCGACGAUUGUUGCUGUGGUAAAGAUGAACGAAAUCACUCUCGAAGAACAGCCCCAGAAUGUUUUUUGCGCGUUGGCCAAUCAAGCAUCCGAGGUGCUGGAUUGGGUGUUUGGGCAGAAAAAGAAAUUCCUAUGGGUGCAGUCUUAGGCCCAUACACUGGAGAAAUUGUGCCUCUUGAAAAUAUACCCGACCAAGAAUUAAAGAAGAGAUCGCGCCUUGGCUAUGCCUGGUUGGUCAGGGGAAAUCAUCUAGGAACUAAAAGUCAUCUUGUGGAUGCUUUUCAUCCAAUACUUUCAAAUUGGUUACGUACUAUUAAACCUGGUUAUGAACUUCUAACCUAUUAUGGUGACAAGUUUGCCAAAGAACUUGGCAUUAUAAGCCGAUCUACUGCUCAUAUUGAGAAAAACGACCAAGAUUCAUCUUCCUUGAAUUUAAAAUGUGGCGAUUGUGAUAAGGAAUUUCGCAAUAGGUCAACGUUAAUGCAGCAUCUGAAAACUCAUUCCACUUUUGCUGCUUUCAAAUGCGAUGAAUGCGAAGAAAGGUUUAAAUAUAAGCAGAGCCUAAAUCAACAUAUGCUCACACACACAGGGAGAACUUGA